CAGGUGGAUAACCAGUCUUUCAGAUGGCAGAUAACAGUAAAGCAGAAGAUGCUGCCUCAGAUUCUGUGGAAGCUGCUAAAGGUACAGGAGACAAAAAAGAAAAACUAGCAGACCAGGUGAUGCAGAAUCCACAAGUCUUGGCAGCUUUGCAGGAACGACUUGACAAUGCACCUCACACUCCUUCCAGCUACAUUGAAACCUUACCAAAAGCAGUAAAACGAAGAAUUGAUGCCUUGAAACAGCUACAGGUGAAAUGUGCCCACAUAGAAGCUAAAUUUUAUGAAGAAGUGCAUGAUUUAGAGAGAAAAUACGCAGCCCUUUACCAGCCUCUCUUUGAUAAGAGAAGGGAUUUUAUCAUCGGUGCUACUGAACCUACAGAUGCAGAGGCAGAAUGGCACAGUGAAAAUGAAGAAGAGGAGAAACUAGCUGGAGACCUGAAAAAUAAAGUAGUAAUAGAAGAAAAAGAAGCAGGUGCAGCAGAAGAGACAAAUCCCAAAGGAAUCCCAGAUUUUUGGUUCACAAUAUUUAGAAAUGUAGAUAUGCUGAGUGAAUUAGUACAGGAAUAUGAUGAGCCAAUUUUGAAGCAUCUGCAGGAUAUUAAAGUGAAAUUUUCUGAGCCAGGGCAGCCUAUGUCUUUCACAUUAGAAUUCUACUUUGAGCCUAAUGACUACUUCACUAAUACACUCCUGACAAAAACCUACAAGAUGAAAUCAGAACCAGACAAGACGGAUCCUUUUUCAUUUGAAGGCCCUGAAAUUGUUGACUGUGAGGGAUGUACUAUUGACUGGAAAAAAGGAAAAAAUGUUACUGUUAAAACAAUAAAGAAGAAACAGAAACAUAAGGGGCGAGGCACUGUCAGGACAAUUACAAAACAAGUACCCAAUGAUUCAUUCUUCAACUUCUUCAGUCCAAUAAAAGUUUCAGGAGAUGGAGAAUCACUGGAUGAAGAUUCAGAAUGUACUUUAGCUAUAGACUUUGAAGUUGGGCACUUCUUCCGUGAAAGAAUAGUGCCUCGUGCUGUACUCUAUUUCACCGGAGAAGCUAUAGAAGAUGAUGAUAACUUUGAAGAAGGAGAGGAAGGCGAAGAAGAGGAAUUAGAAGGUGAAGAAGAAGGAGAGGAGGAGGAAGAUGCGGAAAGUGAGCCCAAGGUGUAAUUUAAGUCUGUUUAUCAUUCAUUCAUUUCUAGAAAGAUGCCAGCCAGCCUGCUGAGUGCAAACAACAAUAAGGAAAUACCACUCCAGAGUGAUAUUUGAACAACCUGUAACAAAUAUUUGGAUACCUGGCCUGCAGUUCAGGAUAUUCCAUUGCUGCAGCACAAUCUUAUUAACAAUGCUUAAAAUUAAAUUGUUUUCAAAUGCAUGAUUUUCACUAACUUUUUUUCCCUUAUUUUUGCUUAACUUGUACAGUGGCAACUUAAUGCAUUUGAGAAAUAUGAGGUUUAAUUAAAGCGCACUCUACAGCCUUUGGUACACUGUAGCUUAAUUGUCUCAAUAGGCUUUCCAAAAUUAAAAAACAA